AUGGAACCAGGGAUCUCCAACCAGUCAUUCAUUUUCUCCUACACUGACUUUACUCUCUUGGGUUUCCCUGGGAUAUCUCGAUGGAGGCCCCUCCUGGCAAUCCCAUUCUUUUCCGUCUACUUAGUUAUCCUGAGUGGGAAUUCUCUCAUUAUCCACCUGAUUUACACUGAGAAGACCCUCCAUUCCCCCAUGUAUUUGCUCAUCUCUGUGCUCUUGGCCAUUAACAUGAGUGUUACUACAGCCAUAUUGCCAAAAUUCCUCCUAGACUUGUUAUUCCAACUCAACCAAGUUUCCCUGACUGGCUGUCUUCUGCAGAUGUUUGUUAUCUACUUCAUGUCAGUGUGUGAGUCCAGCGUUAUGGUAUUAAUGUCCUUAGACAGAUACGUAGCAAUCUGUAGGCCACUGCGUUACCAUAACAUCAUGACCACGAGCUUCCUGGCCUGUCUCACAGUCAUUGUAAUAACUCGGGGGUUGGUCCUUGUUUGCCCAUUUAUCAUACUUGCCUCUAUGGUCCAGUUCUGCAGGUCCAACACCAUUCUGCACUUUGCAUGUGAAACCAUGGCACUUCUCAGUCUUGCAAGUGGAGACACCACCAAACUAGAGAUAGCCGGGUUGAUUUUACGCAUUCUUGUCGCUGUGCUUGAUGGAAUUCUACUCAUGGUUUCCUACUCAACCAUACUCUACACAGCCAUGAAAACGGUGACUGGGAAAUCCCGACACAAAGCUCUAAACACCUGUGGGACCCACUUACUGGUGGCAAUGGUGGUCUACCUGUGCGCGUUGGUAUCUUCCAGUGUGUGGAAGAAGGAAACAAUCCUUUCAAUAGAUGUGAAGCAUCUGUUCACUGCACUCUACAUAAUGAUCCCAGCUGCAUUAAACCCUCUUAUAUAUGGACUGAGGAUUUCAAUCAUCAGAAAGAGUCUGGUUAAAUACUGGAGAAAAAAGGACAACUUGUUCUUAUCAUGA